CUUCCCUUCCAUUCUCCAAACUUCAAACUACUUCUCAACAGCUACUACCAGAAAUUCUCCUAACUUCAUCUCUCCAUUCAAAUUUUCAGAUUCCAACCUUAAUUCUUUUCUGGGUUUCUCUUCAAAUUUCCAUCUGCUUCUUUUUGGGCCUUGAGUUCUUGAUCUUUUCAUCAGCAGCAGUAACAGCAGCUUGUGAUUAAUGGAAGAGAUUGAUGUCCCUCCAUUUUUCCUCUGCCCUAUUUCUCUUCAAAUCAUGAAGGACCCAGUUACUGUACCAACUGGGAUAACUUACGAUCGCGAGAGCAUAGAAAAAUGGCUAUUCUCCGGCAAGAACGAGACAUGUCCGGUUACCAAACAAGUCAUCUCAGAUUGUGACCUAACACCAAAUCUAACUCUUAUGAGAUUGAUACAAUCUUGGUGUACUCUUAAUGCUUCUCAUGGAAUUGAACGAAUCCCAACUCCUAAACCUCCAAUCAGCAAAGCACAGGUAGCUAAGCUUAUUAAAGAUGCCACCACAUCAUCCCCGCAGAAGAUCGCUUGUGUAAGGAAGCUACGAUCAAUUGCUAACAUGAGUGAUACAAACAGGAGAACAAUGGAGGCUGCUGGUGCUGUAGAGUUCUUGGCUUCAAUUGUUAAUGACUUCAGCUCAUCAUCUUUUGAAAAAUCAACUUCAGAUGGAGAUGGAUUCGAGGUCACAACUCCAAGUGAUGAAGCCUUGAGCUUUCUCCACAGUCUUCAAUUAUCCGAAUCUGGGCUCAGGAUUCUUACGGGUAAAAAUGGGGAGAUGAUUCAGUCCUUAACCAACGUCUUGCAAAAUGGAAACUACGAGUCUCGAGCUUAUGCAGUGUUGUUGUUGAAAUCAAUCUUUGAGGUUGCUGAUCCAAUGCAAAUGAUCAACUUGAAACCUCAACUCUUCACUGAGAUAGUCCAAGUUUUACGUGAUCAAAUCUCUCAUCAAGCCUCUAAAGCUGCAUUGAAACUGCUUGUAAGUCUUUGUCCAUGGGGAAGGAACAGAAUCAGAGCAGUUGAAGCUCAUGCAGUGUCUGUUCUGAUCGAUCUUCUUCUUGAUUCCAAGGAGAAAAGGGCUUGUGAGAUGGCGCUGACUGUACUUGAUUUGCUAUGCAAAUGCGCAGAAGGCAGAGCUGAAUUGUUAAGCCACGGUGCUGGGGUAGCAGUGGUUUCAAAGAAGAUCCUUAGAGUUUCUCAAGCAGCAAGUGAAAAAGCAGUUAGGAUUCUCUUAUCUGUUUCAAAAUUCUCAGCAACUUCAAGUGUUGUCCAAGAGAUGUUGCAGAUCGGCGUUGUCGCCAAACUGUGUUUAGUUCUUCAAAUGGAUUGUGGAAGCAAGACAAAAGAAAAAGCUAGAGAGGUGCUUAAAUUGCAUGCUAGAGCUUGGAAAAAUUCUCCAUGCAUACCUGCAAAUCUGCUCUCUUUUUAUCCAGACUGAGACAAAGAGAGACUAAUUAAUCAUGGAUUCCUUUUUCAUUGUAAUUGAGAUUAAUUAGUGCCUACUGUACAUUAUUAGAAAGAAAAAACAAAAUACAAAGUGGUAUCCAGUAGUAAUGAAAUCAGAUUUUGUUCUAUUUUGAGGAAAUUAAUGAUCAUUAAUUUUA